UUCUUGUUAUUCUUUGCUAGAAUUUAUUAAUAAAUGUGUAGCAAUUAUGUCCCUUCGACGUUUGGAAAUAAGACUUCAACAUCCCAAUGCAAUUUUCGAGAGUUGGUUGCUGCGUUGGCUAACAGAAGCUGAAGCAAAGGGCAGUAAGUCACAGUACAAAUUGCGUGAAGCGUUGGAAGCACUUAAAAUGUAUCCCCUCCCACUGGCUUCUGGCAAGGAGUGUGCUAUACUUAGAGAUUUUGGUUCCACACUUUGCAACCUAAUUGAUGAGGAAAUGCAAAAGGGAAAGGCCGAAACAAUUGCCUUGAAUAGCAGUUUGUACGAUCAGGAUCUACAAAAGUUGGUAGAAAAUGUAAAAAUAAAGAAAAAAACUGUACCGCCUAAAGAAAAGCCUAUAAAAUUAACAAAACCCCAACAAAAAGAAAUUGCAGAAGAAGAGGAGCGUAUAAAACAAGUUACAAUGAGUCCCGGAACAUUUAGAAUUUUACUUUUAGUGGAUGUCCAGGAGACAAGUGGCAAAAAUAAAAAUACCUUGGAUCAAACACGGGGUUACUUAGAAUCUCUAAGUGUUGAAUAUGAGGUGAGGCGUUUAACUGUAGGCGACUUUCUUUGGAUAGCACGAGACAGAGACGGCAAUGAGUUGGUUCUUCCGCAUAUAGUCGAACGUAAACGUAUGGAUGAUUUAGCCUCAAGUAUAAGAGAUGGACGAUUUCAUGAGCAAAAACAUCGUCUUAAACAAAGUGGUAUACAACAUAUCAUAUAUCUAAUAGAAGAUUAUGGUGAUAACGAACACGUAGGUCUUCCCUUAGAUAGUCUUAAACAAGCUUUAAGUAAUACAUUGAUACAUAACAAUUUUGCGAUAGAACACACUGAAAAUCAUCGUCGUUCAAUGAUGUAUUUACAAGGAUUGACACAGAUGUUCAUACGCCUUUAUAAGGAUAAAGUUCUUCUAAGUUGUGAUAAAGAAGAUAUACAAACGAGUCAACCGAACCAACGUAUGUUGGGACUGUUAAAAUUUAAAGCGCUCUAUGAGGAUUCUGCUCGUAAUGCACAACUAACUAUUCGCGAAGUAUUUGUUCAACAACUAUUGCAAUUACACUCAUUGUCGCUAGAAAAAUCUUUGGCUAUUGUGACAGCCUUCCCUACUCCUCGCUGCUUAAUGGAUGCCUUCGACAAUUGUGAAUCUGUUAAUGAAGCUCGCAAUCUGUUGACCGAUAUCAGAUGUGGACAGUUGGAACGACCAAUAGGUGAGAAAAUAAGUCAAACGAUUUACGACUUUUAUCAUAACGAUUUUUAAGGAAUACAUGGUACAAUUAAAUAUACAUAUUUAAAAUAAUAAACAUAUUUUUAUAUACCUAUGUAAGUUUUUAAAUUUUCAUACAAAUUUAUUUUGAUGAUACGUUAUUUUGGUUUCAGAAAACAACAAUUAAAAAUAACGCAAGACAGCAUAAAGUGUA